AUGACAACUCCGAGUUCCUACCACCGGAACAAUAACAAUAUUCUCCUCGAACGCCAGGAUAAUGGGACUCCCACCUCGUGCAGAAGUGCCGGCGACAAGGAAAACAACACGUUCUAUACUUUUUUAAUCCAGCUCGGAACUCCGAAACAAACCUUGCAGAUGAACUUUGAUUCAGCUUCAGCGGACACUUGGGUGUGGUCCACAGCUAUACCGGACGCCAAUGAUGUCCCCAACGCGACCCUCUUCGAUCUUCUCGAAUCACUCACUUUUCAGAGCAUCUCUGGCAGCACCUGGCAAGUCCGGUAUGGCGAUGGCUUUGCCGUUUCUAGAACAGUCGGGACGAACGUUCUUAAGGUGGAAAUUAUCGUGAUUGAGAACCAGGCUGUGUCUGAUACUGCCAUCACGAUAAUGACGGCCUCCGACGGACGAAGUUUUUCGAUAGAGCUGGAGGAGCGUGGCUUUCCCCUAAUGACACGCUUGUUGAAGAUAUGCCAACUUUCUCGGUUGCUGUGGGAAAUCUCCAAGUUGCCACAUUCGUGCCGGCAAGCAAGCCUGGAUGCUUGA